UGCCGAUCGGGCUACAGCGAGUGCGUUUUUUUCUCCAUCUUGGAUAAGGAUGCCGAUGCGCACAUACACGUCUUCCAGCCUUCGUGUUCUGCUCGUCCUACGCUGAUAAGGUAACCGGGGCAGAUCUCGCACACGGCGGGGGGGAACCGAAAGAGGCGUCUCGAUGCAGAACUCGCCGCUCCUCGGGAUGGUUAGUCACUGUCAAGCCCCGGCUUUCGCGGACUUCGCGACGGGCUUGACGCUGUCCGUGUACGGCAGCAAGACCGAGAUCUGUGCGAGGUUCGCCGGGACCGAUUCGCCUUUCGGAUCUCAGAUUUGCCGGAGUCCCCUCCACCACGGCUCGGCUCCGGCGUCCGGCGGUUGCGCCAACCCGAAGCGGCUCGGCGCGUCCGAGGAGCGCAGGGACGGACACGCGCAGGACAGGACGCAUCCCACGGCCAAGAGCACGCGGACCUGUUUCCCUCCGUCACCGGGACCAGUAAAUGGCGUCUUCUGCUCAGAGAAGGACCGGGCCAGUGAGGUGGGGGCAGGCGAGGGCGUCGUAAUGAUGCGAUGUGGGCCGAACCUGUCACUAAUGCCGGGAGGUCAAGCUGUGGGUCAAUAUACCCACAGUCUCCUCUCUGACAGACCCACACACGGCCUCCAUCUGCAGGACAACAACCACCAUGACACAGGAUCCUCCUCCGCCUUCCAGAGGUCUCUGCCCAUCUGCUCUCAAGACCCGGGAUGCGGCGUCUCUAAUGGAGUCAGACCUGGACUGCCUUACCCCGUCAAACAGGAGACCUCCAUGGGCUACAAGAUCUCUUCCGCUGGACCGGGGGUACCCGGAGCGGUCCAGACAGCGUUUCAGAGCUCCAGGGGUAGCAUGGGAGUGGGGAUGGGAGUGCGAAGGGGGGAGAUGGUGGAGCCUCCGCACAUUAGCGGCAGCUGCGGUGGCGGCGUCUGCACGCUGUCAGGGGACGCGGCGUAUCCGUUUAAUAAUGAAGACGGCUCCUCCCCACUGGCUUUGUCCCCAGCCAGCUCCCAUCAUUCAGCGCGGUUCUUCAGCGCCGGCAGUCUGAAGAGGUGCUGUCUGUCUCUGGCCACGCAGUCCGUCUCCGCCGCUGUUGCCGCUGCUACUACCUGCGUCACCAUCUCCGGGUCCCCCUCUGCCCCCACCGCCAUCUCCGAGGGGAUCGAUAUCACAGCCGUCAUCUGCUCCUCCUCCUCCGCCCAGAUGUCAACAGCGGCCUGCGGCAACGGGCUACGAACCAACCACCCAUCACCCAACCACACCGGCAGCGCGGGCUUCUCCUCUUCCCCCUCCUCCUGUUCCACCUCCCCACCCGCUGCCUCCAUCUGCAUCCCAACCUCCUCCUCCUCUUCCUCCUCCUCCUGCUCCUCCUCCUCACGAGCAGCCCCCCACAAGCCCCCACCACACGGCGGUAGCCCGCAGCGGACCACGUUACAGGAGAGCUGUCAGCUGCCGUCGCCUGCCGCCUGCCUGCUGUUGCUCCCCUCGUCAGCCUCUUCCUCCUCUUCCUCCUCCUCUUCCUCCUCGUCAUCUUCAGUGUCAUCGGUGGAGCCAGAGCAGGGACAGACGCUGCUGCUUCGUGAGGAGCAGGGCUCCAUGCAGCGGGGGCCCGUGGCUCCUCCAGCCACGGGGGGAGGUGGGGUAGAAGGAGGCUCGGAGGGGCUCCUAACCCUGAUGUGUGGUGCACUGCAGUCAGGGUUUGUGGCCGGGGCUGCCCUGAAGCAGGAGCCCCUGGACGAAUUUUCCCCCAGUGAAGACGAGCUCUUUCAGCACCACUACAACGCCCCCCACCACCAUAACCUCCAACCCCACCAACAUCAUCUGAGUGGGCGCGUCGGGCACCUGCGUCACCACCCCGCCCCCCCGCGGCCCACCAUGCCCCCACCUUACCACCUGCAUCAGUACGGUGGCACCAACCCAGUGGGCCUGCUGCAACCCCAAAACCAGACAGGUCCCCCGGCCUCCUCCCUGGGACUCAAGUCCUCUUCGGGGGGACACCCCACCGGGUCCCACACAAUCCCGGAGCGGGAGGAGGUCUGUGGGGGAGUGGGGGUCGAUAAGCAGGUGUGUCGGUGGAUCGACUGCAGCGCCGCGUACGAGCAACAGGAGGAGCUGGUGAGGCACAUCGAGAAGGUCCACAUCGACCAACGCAAAGGAGAAGACUUCACCUGUUUCUGGGCUGGCUGCAUCCGCCGAUACAAGCCCUUCAACGCCCGCUACAAACUGCUCAUCCACAUGAGGGUCCAUUCAGGAGAGAAACCCAACAAGUGUAUGUUCGAGGGCUGUAACAAGGCAUUUUCCCGUCUGGAGAACCUGAAGAUCCACUUGAGGAGUCAUACAGGAGAGAAGCCAUACCUGUGCCAGCAUCCCGGCUGCCAGAAAGCUUUCAGCAACUCCAGUGACCGGGCCAAACACCAGCGCACUCACCUGGACACGAAACCGUAUGCAUGUCAGAUUCCGGGCUGCACCAAGCGCUACACGGACCCCAGCUCCCUACGCAAGCACGUCAAGAUCCACUCGGCCAAAGAGCAACAGGUGCGUAGAAAGCUGCGGCCCUGCCCUCACCUGGAACAGGAUGUCCUGAGUGACUGUCUGUCUGUCCAGCACCUGCAGAGCUGCACCUCCUCCCAGCACCUCCACGGCCCUCCGCCCUCCCAGCACCUCUAUAACGGGAAAGACGGACACUCCCCGGGGAUGGGCCAGGACAUCUUCACAGGCCUGUAUGCUGGCUCCAGCGCCCCCCAUCACGGGGCCUCAGCAGAGCUCCUCUCCCCGGGGCCAACCCCGGCCCCAGCCUCCACCACGGAGCUGCCCUCGAGAAUACCCCGACUGGACCGAGACCUCAGCAGCCCUCAGCACCACCUGUCGCCACUGUCGGCCUUGGAAAGUGUGCGAGAUGGGGUGCCAGGACCUCUCCUUUCUCCGGGCAUGAAGGGAACGGGGGAGCCCUCCACCUGCUCCUGCUUCGCUGGAGAAGCAGCACAUCCUCCCUCACAAGUCUUACUCUCAAUACCACCACCAACACCACCAACACCAACCACCAGCAGCAGCCUGUCAACGAUGACUACCAGGGCAGUUUCCAGAGCUGUUUCCACUUCGGUGAUUCCUACAGAAUGGAGCAGACGGUCAGCGGCAUCCACGGCGUCCCAGCGGACUCUCAGGCCUACACUUCCCAUCAGCACAACGGCUUCCAAAUGUCCUCCACCGGCAACGGCGUCUCCACUGCAGGUUUCAGCCUGACGCAGGAGCUCCAGGGGGGAGCAGGAUGCCAGUUCUCCUCCAGCCCAGAGGAGAGCAUCUUCUUCCAGGUGGGAAGCUUUGACCGCAGCCUGAGCCACAUUUCCUCCGUCUAUACCGAGACGUAGAGC